AUGCCAUCGAGGGAGUCACCUCGAGAAGCGCGGCGAUCGCGACCGCUAAGCGGCGACCAAUCUCGACGACAUCACGAGCGCAAAAGACGAUCACAUGCGAGACGACCAGGCACGGCAUCUGACGACACAAGAGAGAGCCGUGAAACCACGGAAGACAGGGAAACAUCAGAACGACGAGAGCGACGAGAAAGACAGGAGAGACGGGAGCGACGGGAACGACGAGAGAGACGAGAAUCGCGAAGUACGAAGAGCUCACAGAAGCUUUCUGUGGAUGCUCUCAAUCAGUUGAACAAGGAGAAUACCAAACGCAAAAGUCGAAACUCGGAUCGACGGCGCGCACCGCACCACCGUUACGAAGAUGAACCCGACGCCGAAGCCGAACGCGCGCUGGAAAGAGAGCGGAAGAGGAAGGAGAAGAAAAGGAAGAAGCGAGUAGUGAGCGGCGCUGUCAUGGAAGAAGGUCGUGCGCGAGGACAUCAACGCGGGUGGAGCGACGAAUCAUACGAAAAGGACGAACUUCUUCCGCAAACAAAAAGAAGUUGGAGCAAGAAGAAGAAGUGGUGGUGGAUUUUGGGGGCUAUCAGUGUCGUCUUAUUAAUCAUCAUCGCCGCCGUCGCUGUCGUGGUCAGUCAAAAGAAAAAGGGAGGCGGGGGCGGAGGAAACGAGACAUCUUCAUCAUCCUCGCUGAGCGGGCAAGAUCGAAACUCGAUACCGGAGAAGUGGCGAAACACCUAUCUCGACCCGUGGACAUGGGCUACCACGACGGAUUUCAACGUCACGUUUACAGACGAAAUGGUCGGCGACCUGCCUGUCAUGGGCCUAUACUCGAACUGGGACGACUCGGCAAAGGCCAACGACAAGGUCCCGGCAUUGAAUAAGGCUUGGGGAAAGUAUGGCGAUCUGCCGGCGCGCGGGGUAAACCUGGGAGGGUGGCUAUCACUCGAGCCAUGGAUUACACCAUCUUUAUUCGACUACCCGCUCAGCAUGGGCAUCAUUGACGAAUGGACGCUGGUGACGUACCUGGGCGAUUCCGCAGCUUCAACACUGGAGAAGCACUAUUCGACCUUUAUCACCGAAGACACAUUCAAAGCCAUUGCAGCUGCUGGCCUGGAUCAUGUGCGUAUCCCGUUCUCGUACUGGGCUGUGACGACGUACGAUGCAGACCCAUACUUGUUCCGGACCUCGUGGCGGUACUUGCUGCGCGCUAUCGAGUGGGCACGAAAGUAUGGUCUCCGCGUCAAUCUCGAUCUCCAUGGACUUCCGGGGAGUCAGAAUGGCUGGAACCACAGUGGACGAUGGGGCACCAUCGGCUGGCUCAACGGCACAGAUGGCGACACAAACGCCCAGCGGUCACUGGAUGUCCACGAUCGGCUGUCGAAAUUCUUUGGCCAAGACCGCUACAAGAAUAUCAUCAGCCACUACGGACUGGCCAACGAGCCGCGGAUGGUGCUGCUAGAUUCUUCCAAAGUGAUUAGCUGGACCGAGAACGCGUACAAGAUGGUGCGCAAGAACGGGGUGCAGGGCAUCGUGGUAUUCGGUGACGGCUUCAUGGGCCUCGAGAACUGGCAGGGCCGCAUGACGGGGUACGACACCAUGGCGCUUGAUGUUCAUCAGUAUGUCAUCUUCAACGAAAAUCAAAUCGACUUUUCGCAUCAGAAAAAGGUGCAGUACGCCUGCGAUGGGUGGACCAAGCAGACACAACAAAGCAUGGACACGAGCACCGGGUACGGACCGACCUUGUUCGCCGAGUGGUCGCAGGCCGAUACCGACUGCGCCAAGCACCUUACCAACGUGGGCUGGGGCAACCGAUGGGAGGGCACGCUGAACACGGGCGACGCCACGACGUCGAUCCUGACGCCGCGAUGCCCGACCAAGAACAAGCAGUGCUCCUGCGCCUCGGCCAACGCGGACCCGAGCAAGUGGAGCGCCGAGUACAAGCAGUUUCUCAGAAUGUUUGCCGAGGCGCAGAUGCACAGCUUCGAAAAGGGCUGGGGCUGGUGGUACUGGACGUGGAAGACGGAGAGCGCGCCCCAGUGGUCGUACGAGGCCGGGCUCAAGGCUGGUAUUCUCCCACCGCUGGCCUAUUCUCGAGACUUUAACUGUGACACGGCUGUGCCUGACUUUGCCAAGAAUGAAAUAAGGCUAGGCCGGGGCGGCGCCAGCGGACACUACCUCCGCAGAAAUCAUAUCAAAGUAACAAGUAGCGACACUUGA